AUGAAAAAGUUAAAACUUAAAGAACUUGAGAGUUUGCAACAAGUUGAUGUUUUUGAAAAUCCAAAACUCCUGCGACAAUAUCCAACUCGGCCACAUAUUGCAGCAUGUAUGCUUUAUACAAUUCAUAAUACAUUUGAUGAUAUUGAAAACAAGAUUGUGGCAGAUCUUGGAUGUGGUUGUGGCAUACUAAGCAUUGGAAGUGCCAUGUUGGGAGCAGGAUUAUGUAUAGGAUUUGAUAUAGAUGCCAAUGCACUGGAAGUAUUUAACAGGAAUGCCGAAGAAUUUGACCUUACAAAUGUUGACAUGGUUCAGUGCAAUGUAUGUUCUUUGCCUGACAAAAUGUCUAAAACAUUUGAUACAGUUAUUAUGAAUCCUCCUUUUGGAACUAAGCACAACAAAGGCAUGGAUAUGGCUUUUCUCAAGACAGCUGUGCAAAUGGCAAGAAUAGCUGUGUAUUCCUUACACAAAACAUCAACUCGACAACAUAUUCAGAAAAAAGCAGAUGAAUGGAAUAUAGGAAUGGAAGUUGUAGCAGAACUGAGAUAUGACCUACCAGCAUCAUAUAAAUUUCACAAGAAAAAAUCAGUAGACAUCAAAGUAGAUUUUAUCAGAUUCCCUUGUGGGGGAAAAGAGAUGGAUGGUGGAAUGACUUAAAACUGUAUUAAAAUAAUAAAAAUAGCAUUAAAUGGUUUUUGAAGUAUUA